AGAGAGAGAGAGAGAGAGAGAGAGAGAGAGAGAGAGAGAGAGAGAGAGAGAGAGAGAGAGAGAGAGAGAGAGAGAGAGAGAGAGAGAGAGAGAGAGAGAGAGAGAGAGAGAGAGAGAGAGAGAGAGAGAGAGAGAGAGAGAGAGAGAGAGGGGGUGCGUCGCGUCGCGCUGCACCUGUGCCUGAUGACCAGUAACGGAGAGGGAGAGAGGAGAAGCUCAGCCGUCACUCCCGUCUUCCACACUUUGGGGAGAGCACCAUGCUGCACUCAGAUGACAUUCACUGCCCCAAAGGAUAAGAGACACCACCGCCACGGGAGGUGUGUCUGCUGAUCGACUCCCGUCACACCACCAACGUGUGUGUUUGGUAUUUAUCUUAGUUCGUUUUUUUUUUGUUACCACUUUUGUAAUCAUUCAUUUUUAUACAAUACCCACCCCCAUUGCUGGACCGCCGGAGUGGAACCACUGCUUCCGCGUAUGUUGUGAGGUCACAACUGUUUUUGUUUCAAACGUUGUCAUGUGUACUGAGCGCCGCCGUUCGCUGGCGUACGCACGCCGGUGACCCCGCAGACGGCGUACAUGGGCGAACGAGCGAUGUAAUGCCGGCUGCCGCAGUCAAGACGGCCGCCUCGGAGACGGAGGCUGGGGGAGAAGGAGGAGGCAGUGGAGGGGACGGUCAUCGCGUCACGGCGCCCCAGUGGGAGGCGUCGGGGCCGGGCCGAGCGGAGAGACCGCCGCUCCCGUCGCUCAAGGUGUCGCGGGAACUGCUGAGGAGCUUCCCCCACUCCAAGAGGGUGGGGUCCUACCUGGUGGGCAAGAUGAUCAACAAGGGCUCCUUCGCCAAGGUGAUGGAGGGGCUGCACAUCGGCACCGGAGAGAAGGUGGCCAUCAAGGUGAUUGACAAGAAGAAGGCGCGUCUGGACUCCUAUGUGCUCAAGAACAUGAAGAGGGAGCCACGCAUCCACCAGAUGGUCCGGCAUCCACACAUCGUGGUUCUGCUGGAGACCCUGGAGACGGAGAACAGCUACUACAUGGCCAUGGAGCUGUGCGUCGGGGGCGACCUGAUGGACAGAAUCUGCGAGCGGAAGAGACUGGAGGAGCGGGAGGUGCGGCGCUACACCCGGCAGAUCCUCUCCGGCGUGGAGCACCUCCACCAGCACGGCGUCGUGCACAGAGAUCUGAAGAUUGAGAACUUCCUCCUGGACGAGCAUAACAAUAUCAAGAUUGUGGACUUUGGUCUGAGCAACACUCUGAAAGCGGAGUCUCUGUCUCUGGAGCUUCUUAACACCCAGUGUGGAAGUCCUGCCUACGCUGCCCCGGAACUGCUGGCUCACAGGAAGUACGGCCCCAAAGUGGACGUCUGGUCCGUGGGUGUAAGCAUGUUUGCCAUGCUCACGGGGACUCUGCCCUUCAUGGUGGAGCCGUUCAACAUCAAACAGCUGCAUCAGAAGAUGGUCAACGGAGAGAUCAGUGCCAUACCCAACGACGUCAGCAAAGGGGCCGUGGGGUUCGUCCUGUCUCUGCUGGAGGCCGACCCGGCCAAGAGACCCAGCGUCCGAGCCGCCAUGGAGGAGAGAUGGCUCAACGAGGGAUACGCCAAGAAGCCUCUGCUGUCGCUCUUUCAUAAGAACAGGCUGAGUGCAGAGGAGCUGAACUCGUCAGUGGUGACCUACAUGACGGAGACGCUGGGCUACUCCGUGGCGGACGUCGUGCACACGCUCACCAACAACAGGCCGUCCUCCAUCAUGGCCUCCUACCACCUGCUGCUCAACAAGCUCUGCAGGGGCCAGAAGGCCGAGAGAAAACCGAACAAGAAGCGCAACGGCAACGAGGAAAGCCUGCCCAGUACAAACACAUGGAGGGGCAGGAAGGGUAGUGGAUCCAAGACUCAACCACAGCAGGAGGCGGCUGGCGAGAACGUCAACAAGCAGCCCGCCUUCCGCCCGCUGAGGAGUCAGAACCAGCGGAGGAGGACCGGAGACCCCUUCAGGAGGGACCAGGGGGGAGACGAUGAGGAGAACCGGCCCCCCUCUUCAUCCCUCCCUCAGCUGCCUCCUUCCUCCCCCUCCUCCUCUUCCUCCUCCUCUUCCUCCCUCCCUGCCCUCCCUCCCCUCCUAGUCUCCCCGCCCCCGGCUCCUCCCCUGGCCGGAGAAGGCGGGAUAUCAGACGAGGAGGUCGCCAUCACCGUGGAUACCAGGGAGCUGGUGUUUCCUAAAGUGUCCAUGUUCGGGCACAGGGAGCUGGUCCAUCUCUCUCCGCCCAAAAACUCUGCCACCAAGCUCUGUGACUCCGCCCCCUGCCAAGUCCUCGACGCCAGCAGCAGCGCCGCCAGAUCCCACGCCCGACCCCCCCACCUGCUGCGGACCACCCACUCGGACGGCGCCACGGACCCCCGCGGGGAGGCGGGUUACCACGACAACCGUCACCCGGACAACCACAGCCGCCGCCUGAGCGGCAGCGAGCGGCUGGAGAAGCUGCAGACGUUCUACUCGUCGGAAAAGGCGGGAAUAUCUCCCAGGAUGCUCCUGGAGGCCGACGUCAAAGCCCCGUUCGACCCGGACCGGGGGGGCCGCCUGGGGGGGAAGAACGCCAUGGAAACGGCCAAGGUGUCGCCGCCGGCAACCCUGCCCCGCCUGCGUCAUGUGGGCCUCAAAGUGGGCGGGGCUGGCGGCGGCGGCGGCAGGAAACUCACAUGGGUGGGGCUGACCCGGACGGGACCCCCGGGGUUCCUGGUGAACGGGUCCAAGCCGCCCGCCUUCCCCUCGCAGAGGCUGCACGCCCUGGGGGCCAAGGGCCUGAGGGGGGACCGCGGCAAGAGGGCGGGGGAGUCGGCCAGUCGAGGAGGAGGAGGAGGAGGAGGAGGAGGGGGGGGAGGAGGGACAGCGGGGGCUGGGGGCACGGGGGUCAAGCGCAACACGGUGCAGCUGCGUCCGUCCCUCCAGCACCGCGUGGCCGAGCUGAACCUGCCGCUGCUGCCCGCCGCCCUGCAGGGGAAGACGGAGAGGAAGAGCCACCUGCACAGCAUGGACUACUGAAUGAAGAGGAGGAAGAGGAGGGAGGAGGAGGAGGAGGGUGGUGACGGGGAGGAGGAGGAGGAGGAGGAGGAGGAGGAGGAACAGGAACAGUUGAUCUCAGGUGCCAUGUGUAGUGUUUGGGGGUUUGGGACCCCCAAACGGCAGGAAUAAUACAGUAGAAUUCGAGUAUGUCAAUAUAAGAAAGGGCUAAUGUACAUUAAAGGUGCUGUAUGUAAGACUUAAGAGAUAUGAUUGGAGUGUAAAUGGUUAGAAAUGGCAUAGCUAUGGGUCAGCUGUGUGCGAUGUGAGAAUAUCCAAUCAGCUUUUUUCCGUGAUUGGUUCUGGGAAUCCAUCCUUUGUCAAUCACAGGUGCGUGAUGCAACACUUACAAAGGGCAGAGCAAUGGAGAGAGCGAAGGAGAAAUGAAAGAGUCGUCUUUUGGGUUGUUUAGGUUCAGACUAUUGCUCUCAUCAGCUGUUUUCUGCUCUCUCCCUCUCUCUUUACAACUCUUAAAUCUUCCCUAAGAAAAAUAUGUGA